AUGCACUUCCUCGCUGCCUUGGCCGCUGUUGCGGUCGCUACUGUUAGAGCUGACAUCAGUGAUCUUGGAACCCCUGACCACUCUUUGCUCGACUCCGCUGCUCCAGAUGUCGAGGUUGUAGAUUUCAACAAGGAAUAUGUCGUGAAGCUGGACUGUAUCGGCUGUCCAUAUGCAAGGCAAGUAGCGGACAAUAAGGCUGUAUGGGAACAGCCGCCUCGAAAGAAUGCCUUGGUGCUGUACUUCAAAGUCGACAAUGAGCACCACGAUGAACCCACCCUUGUUCUCAACGGCCGCGCCAUCCAGCCUCUCGAACAAAUGCCUCCCAACAUCCAAGCAUUCCAAGUGCCUGCCGACAUCACACAAGACAACAUGGACAAGCUCUGGCGGGAGGAUAGCGAAUAUGGUGUACAGAUGCCCCUGCAGUAUGAACAUACUGUACUCCGUACCCAGGAGAAUGGCGAGCUCACGGUCCAGUUCGACGUGACCGGUCUACCGUUGGAUGCUAUGAGCGAUCCCCGGUUCUACCCCUCCUUCGUCGGCGAGCCAUACAAGAUGGACGGCGAACAGCAAAAGCUCGUCCAACUGCGACUGCACCGUAGCCAGGACACAGGCGAGCUUCUCAUCGAAGACGUAUCAAUCGUUGCCAGAGAAAAUCGUACCCAGCCGUAUCGAAUGAAGUGCGGUCGCCUCGCCAUGACCCAAACAACUUACGAUCCGCGCGAGUGGGACGCAUACGGCAAAUUCGGAACAUUCGAGAGGACAUGGAACGUGUUCGUGAGCCAGUUUGUGAUGAACUUUGCCGGGCUGCCUGCUAUCAUUCUGGGCACGUUUUGUAUAUUCAUUGCUCGAUUCUGUUACCAGCGCAGAAACCAGGAGGUCGAGCCCAAGGAGGAGGAUGCUGAAAUCGCUUUGUUGGGCGCUGAGUCCGGGGAUGCGCCACCGGCAUAUGCGGAUAUUCCUGUCAUUAAGAUUGAGGAGUAUGAUUAG